GCGGAAGAUUGAAGAGGUUGACCAAUCAGAAUUAAUAAGAAUUGGAAUAUAGAAUCGGAAUUGGGGAAACCGAACCACAACUGCGUUGCGUUGCACAGAGAGAGAGGGAGAGAGGGAGAGAGAGAGAAUGACGAAGGAGGCGGAGUGCAAGAGCAGCAGUAGCAGCGACGGAGGAGGAGGAGGAGGAGGAGGAGGAGGGAAGGCGAUGAUAGGGAUGAUAUGCGGGAGUCUGGUGUACUACCACUGCGCAUACAAGAAUUCAAGCAUACUCACCCUCCUCUCUGACGUCUUUCUUGUCCUCCUCUCCUCUCUCGCCAUUCUCGGCCUCCUCUUCCGCCACCUCAACAUCUCAGUGCCCGUCGAUCCCCUUGAGUGGCAAAUCUCUCAGGACACUGCCAACAGCAUAUUUGCUUGUUUGGCUAAUACUGUAGGCGCUGCUGAGUCUGUUUUGAGGGUUGCCGCAACUGGCCAUGAUAAGAGGUUGUUUCUCAAGGUGGUUGUCAGCCUCUACUUUCUAUCUGUUUUGGGAAGAUUGGUCUCAGGUGUUACCAUGGCUUAUGUUGGAUUGUGCUUUUUUUGCCUCUACAUGCUUGCAGAGAGCUCACAGAUGAUCAGUGCAUGUUUGUCACGCUUUCUUCGAAGGAGAGAGACUACAAAUCUAGAGCAGGAUAACAUGUAAUCUACAUGCUCGAGUUGGCAGCUUGCACAGAUUGUGAUUUUUUUUUUGGCUCUUGGCUUUUUACGUAGUUAACUUCCCAAUUGUUCCUUUGUAAAAUUAUACUUUUGUGGCUGGUCUUUUUCCAAUCCAAUAAAUGCAGUGUUUCAGUGAA